UGUUCCUUACCGGCAAUUGUGUUUAGCUAAUAGUUAGUUUGAGAUCAAAAUCUUUGCUGCUGUUUGCUAUUUACAUAACCGUUAUGAGUGGAAAAGGUUACGACGGGUAUAGUCAUGUAAAAAAGCUAAAUGCUGACACUACCGAAGAAGAACUGAUUCAACUUUACUCACAAUGGAGCAAGACAUACGACAAGGAUGUGCAUGACCUGGCUUACAUUGGUCCAGUUGUGGGAGCAGAUCAGUUAAUGAAACACCUAAAAGAUUUUGGGUAUAACAAUGACGUCAGCAUUCUUGAUCUUGGCUGCGGAACUGGUUUGGUUGGCGAAGAGUUACAUAAGAAUGGUUACAAAAAUAUUGAUGGCUUAGAUUGCUGCCAGGAAUUAUUGAAAGAAGCAAAAGCAAAAAGCGUAUACAGGUCACUGCAGCAGGGUUACAUGGGAUCCGAUGAAUGCAAAGAUUUGGGUGUUGGUGCAGACCUAUAUGAUGCUGCCAUUUGUGUAGGAGUGUUCACUGUUGGUCACGUGAAAGGUAAAGGCUUCGAUGAUCUUGUUCACGUGGUCAAACCUGGUGGCUUAGCGUGUUUUAAUGUGAAUAAAAAAGGCGCAGAUAUUCCUGAAUACAAAUACCAUGAAAAAGUGAAUCAACUUAUUGAAGAAGGAAAAUGGAAACUGUUAUCAAAAUACUAUGAACCGCGAUUUUAUAAAGAAAACGAGGCUUGGUUCUAUGUUUAUCAAAUAUUGUAAACCUUUUCAGAAAUAUGUACGUAAAUUAACUCUUCUCCUUCUGAAUGAUUCUUUCUAAUUUUUUGCCAGCAUUCAAAAAGCGCGGGCGUACGUUAUGUAUCAAAUUAUACUAGGCUAAGAUAAUUUAAACUUAAUUUAAACUUUAAAUUUUAACUUAUAAU